AUGGCAAAGUACGAUAUAUCGUGGCGUGACACUGAUCGCGAUAAAAUACCGUAUCGUGAUGUAACAUAUCAACCGAUGCAUCGCUAUGCGUUGAGUGCAUCGCGAUUACAUACAAUAAUGAACAAUAUCGGGACCACCCAUUGUAAUGAAUUGGCGGAUAUUUUACAUCACAGUACGAUAUUUUAUUGCGGGUCGUCUGCGUUGACAAGUGGUCAACGUGCAGCACCGCCACGAUCACAAACUACAUAA